CUGACAGCUGUGCUCCGGACGCCGGUCGAGGUGGCACCUCAGCGCCCCAGUUAACUGCUUAACGUCACCACAUUUCAACGAUGUUGGAUAUUUCUGCACAUAAGCAUUGAGCUACAGACGUGGCCUUAGGAGAAAAAAGUGGACCAUCUACUUGAAAUACGGCCACCUAAUUGGAUAUCAACAUCCAAGAAAAAACAUUCUAUGAACAGCAGUGAUCCUCUUUCCUAAAAAGAGCACUCUGUGAAUCAAUAUGGAUCAACAGUCAACUCCAACCAUCUUACUGAGUGUGAUGGAUAAUAUACAAGUGUCUGAAUUGGAGGAUUCAGUUAUACAGAGCUUAAUAACCCCAAGCCCUCGAAGUGAAAUGGUCGCCCAUGAGUUCCAAGAGCUUACGCUGCAGACAAAUCCACGCCUACCUCCUUUGAAUGAGCGGAAGAAUGUACUUCAAUUAAGGCUACAGCAGAGACGAACAAGAGAACAGCUGGUGGACCAGGGAAUCAUGCCACCAUUGAAGAGCCCAGCUGCAUUCCAUGAACAGAGGAAGAGUUUGGAACGAGCAAGGACUGAAGACUACCUGAAACACAAAAUACGAAGUAGGCCAGAGAGGUCUGAAUUGGUCAGAAUGCACAUAUUAGAAGAGACCUUGGCAGAGCCUUCACUGCAGGCCACUCAGAUGAAACUGAAGCGAGCCAGACUGGCAGACGAUCUGAAUGAGAAAAUAGCUCAAAGACCGGGUCCUAUGGAACUUGUGGAAAAGAACAUUCUCCCUGUAGAUUCCAGCUUAAAGGAAGCAAUUAAAGUAGGACAAGUCCAUUACCCCAAAACCUUAGACACCUUUUCAUUUGAUGAAGACAGUAGUGAUGCCUUGUCUCCAGAGCAGCCAGGCAGCCAGGAGUCACAAAGCUCGGCUCCAUCUCCAGUGGAAUCCAAAGUGAAUGAGUCACCAUCUUCCUCAUCCUCACCUGUACCAAACACCAUUAUUCAAUACCACCCACAACCAAUGCCUGACUUCCUGAAACCAGCCCCUCUAACUGAUCAGCAAAGUAUGCGUUCAAUAACUACCACACUGUCUGCAAGUACAGCUUCCUCAACGAAGACUACUCCAACCCUAGUUAAGCAAAGCCAAUGCAAAAGUACAAACGAUAAGAACCGCAGCAAGAAAAACAAGGAUCCAAAACCCAGGGUGAAGCAGCUCAAGUACCACCAGUAUGUCCCACCAGAAGAACAUGAGAAAAUUGAACUUCCCAUGGAUACAAACUAUUCCCAGCUCCUGCAACAGCAGCAGCUUUUCCUACAGCUGCAGAUCCUAAGUCAACAGCAUGCACCACCAAAGUCAUCUAAUGAUAACCAGAUAAUCAGCAAUAUAUCUACAUCAAAUACACUGGCUAACUGCACACAGGCAUCGUCAUCAUCAUCAUCAUAUGCCACAAGGCACAACAACACACCAUGCAGAAAGCUGGGAAUCCUUCCUUCUAAUCUGGAUGAUAUGAAGGUGGCAGAACUCAAGUUGGAACUGAAGCUGCGUGGACUUCCAGUAUCCGGUACUAAAAUUGACCUUAUAGAGAGACUGAAGUCAUACCAGGACCUAAGCAACACUCCUGUUGCUACAGCAGUAGUAACAGUCUCCACCUCUCCUAUUACAAGAAAUCAGACAACUUCGACAUUUCCUAGUGCUGCUUUUAGUAGUGCCACAAUGACCACAGAGGCAGCCAUUACAGCAAUGUCAAACAAUCUACAGUUUCAGGAGAAUUCAGUCUCCCCAACUCCCACCUCUCCAGCUCCUUCAGAACAAUCUAAUUUGAGUACUGAUGACAGCAAUCUCACAGAUAUGUUUACUGAACUGGUGACCAUGGUGUCUCCUUCACAACUUGCAAUCCACACUUCAUCUGUGAAUAUGACAAUUAAUGAAGACAACAUAGGGGUAAGCAUAGCUGCAAGUAAUGCUGCUGCUCAAGGUGUUGAUUUAUCAAGUGUGGAUACUGAUGUCACUGAGAAGGACCGAAAACUGCAGGAGAAGGAGAGACAGAUUGUAGACCUCAAGAGAAAGCUUGAGCACGAGCAAAAGUUGGUGGAAGAAUUGAAGAUGCAGUUAGAAAUUGAGAAACGAUGCCAGCAUCAACAGUCCAUGACUGUGAAUCAGAAACAUUUGAACUCUUCAAUCAAAGAAGAAAAUGCUCUUUCCAACUACCCUAAUUCAAGACAGCCCAUGGCUGUUCCCAACCUAUCCUUAGGCCUACCAACCAAUACUAAUGCUGGGACACCGAGCCAGAAUGUCACAAAGGGAAAUACCUUGCUUGUGAAACAAGAAGGACCAGUGGUGACCACUGAACAACAGAAUGCAGUCUCACAGUUUUACGUAAACCCGACAAGACAAACGCCAACUACUGUUAUUGCUCAGGCUCAGCCUCAUGCUUUAGUGACCACUCAGACAGGAACUCAGCUUUUGCUCCCAUUGACUAUUCAAGCACAGAAUUCAAACCUCUGUAACAACUCUCAGCAAUUACAGACGGGAAAUGUUAACUCACAGUCUCAUUCACAAGCCCAAGCACCAAUACCAGUACCUGUCACUGUCUCCGCACCUGCACAGGCUUCAGGCUCUCCCAAGCAAACACAGGAUCCUAUGCCCCAACAUAGUUUGACCCAGAAUGCACAGAUGAGAAAGGUUUUUACAUCCACAUCAACGCCAAGUGUGUUUCCUAACCACAUUCAAACUGCAGCACCAGUGCAGCAGUGUUUCAUAAACACUUCAGCGGGUAAUGUGCUUCAACCAAGGACAAGCAGUAUUAAUACUCUUCACAAUGGACCCAGCUCUACACAAAAGUCUGGACGAUCUACUUCCCCUUCUCGGUCCCAGCAACCAUUUCCAAUCCUCUCCCCGGUCUUUAGUAACUCUGUUUCAAAGACAAAAGAUCCUCCUCGAUAUGAGGAGGCAAUCAAGCAGACUCGCAAUCUGAAACAGCAGGAGGUGUUCAAUGCACACAGUCAGCAGAUGGAUGACCUUUUUGAUAUCCUAAUUGAAAGUGGAGAGAUUUCACCAAUUAUCAAGGAAGAAUCAUUGCCUGCUACUAAGAUGAGAGCUGUUGUAGCCAAUAUCUCCUCCUUGCCUGUAAACUCAGCAUUGUCUCGACCACCACCAAGAAUUCAGAUGGGUCCUCUUCCAUUGUCACUGGAAUCAACAAAUAAUCUCGCUAUUAGUUCAGAAAAUCAACUGGAGGCCUUUCUGGAUGGUACAUUGUCAUCUGGUGAGAAUGCUCCUCAAAUGACAGUCGACCAAGAGAGCUCAGACUCCCUUUCUUUAAUGGAGGAUCUUCAGAAUGACCUAAUGAAUACAUCCAGCAUUCUGGAUCAGCAGCAUUCUGUGAUGGACCCCUGUGAUAUGCACUUCCCUGCAGAAAAUUCUUGCCUGAACUUGGACCUCCCGGACACUAAUUUGGACAAUAUGGAUUGGCUGGAUCUGACAAUGCCGGGUUCAACUACGGGACACACUCCUGUUAACAGUGCUGCUCCUAGUGUGUUUUCCACUGAUUUUCUGGAUGGUCAUGAUCUUCAGCUACAUUGGGAGUGAUAUAACCAGGCUUUCAGUGGCACUCAAGCAAAAAGAGUGUUUUCUUAGUGUUAUGUGUCAAUCAUCUAGCAAUGGUUAGUACUCUUGAAGUAGUAACAAAACAAGCCAAGAUGAGAUUAUCCAGUCUGGUCCACUUGAUUGUUGCCAGAAAGAAGAAUGGGUAGUGAAAGAAAUGAUAAUUCGUGGCAAGCUGACAAUCUGAUGGUCUGGCCCUAUUAAGACUUCUUACUUUUAUGUCACAUUUAUUCCGGUGUCAGUGGUUAAUAAUUACUGUUCCAUUGCAAUUGGAAAGAAUUUCUUCUUCACGCAAGUCAGCUUUUCUGUGGGUAGCCUGAACCAAAAUGCAUGGUAUUGUGGAGUUUAUUACACUGGCUGGUUCAGUGAAUUCUUAUCAGUCUGAGUGAAAUGUUUCAUUCUUUUGAAGCCAGACAUGUUUUUGAACUAAUUAACCUUUUACUACUUUGUACAUUUUGUUUCAAUGCUCUUUCUGUAAUAUGUUCAUCAUUUUAUUGCAUGAAGGAGAUAUGAUUGCCCAAAGCUUAGGGCAAAACCAUGAAGUUUAUAAUGACCAGGGAGACUAAAACUAUGGUAUCUUGAGAGUUUAGGUGUAGUUUUUGGGUCAGUGAUAGUUCUGCAAAUUCUGUGAAUAUCAUUUGUCAGAGGCUCUUAUGUUUUAAUUCAAGCAGAUAACUCUUCAGUGACAUUUAGAAUCUGUACAUUUAGAACUAAUUAAUGUGGUUUCAGUUUUCUACAAGUCAAUAUGUCAACUUUCAUUUCAAGCAUUAAAGAUAAAAUGAUCAAAAGGAGUUAUUUUAAUGCCAAACACUUUCCCACAUUUUCUAAAGUUUGGGUCUAUUGAACCCAGUACAAGGAUUCAGCAAUAUUUACAUCCUUAACCUGUAUUAUUUUUUUUAAAACACAUUAUACUGACCCCACUAGGUCUUCAAUGGAGGCCAUACCAAACAAAAACUAUGAAAUAAUGUAUUAGUGCUAACUUAAUACAUGCUUGCAUAUUUACCAUCUUCUUGGAAAAAAAAUUGGAAGACCCUUAUUUUUAAUAUAGGUAUGAGGGAUUAAAAUGCCUCGUUAUUGGCGUAUGAUAUCCCCCUUAUUGGGGAUGUGGCUCUGUUCGCUUCCCAGAAAAACAGGAUUUGCCAAACACUUGAUGAAUGAAAACAAUUAUAAUGUUGUAAUGCAAUGUAAUAUUUUGAACUGUUGUGUGUCCUUAAAGGAAUUGAUGUUCACUAAUUAGCCAAAGGGUUUUUAAAUAUAGAAGGUACAGAUUUUAUAAAUCAAAGAAAAACAGUUUUUAAAAUUAAAGCAGGGUUAACAGUUUUGAGAAGGAAAUGAUAUUUUCUAUAUUUUAAAGUGAAUUAAAUUAAAAAUUUAUAAAUAGAAAAGUAAAUACCUUUACCAGGAGAGAGAUCUAUCAUGCCCUUCAAAAAAUUUUCAGAUGAAUCAUUUAGCAGAUUGUGAACUGUUAAUUUAUGUCAUGUGGUUCAAAUCAUGCCUUUAGUAAUGGUGUGUUUCAGAUGGCUAAAUAUUAGAGAAAGGAACGUAGGAUUGUUUUGUCUUCUGCAAUGUGCUGCAAAGGACAGUUUUAAAAAGUCACUUAGAGUUUGAAUGUACUGUAUGUGUUGUUUAAAGUACUUAGCCAUAAUGAUUCCCACAGUGAGUCUGUUUAUUCUUGUUGUAUUGGGAUUAUCUUUACAUGGCAUUGUUGAUUAAGCCCAUUGUUUAGAUUUAUGACUACAUUUACAACAAGUUAAACAAAAAGCACAGUAUCUAUUGAAAGCCAAAAGUUUCAAUGCCAUAGAAUGUUUUGUAAAAGCAACACUAAUUAUAUAAUCAGUUUUUCUGUAUAUUUUUGCAUACCACUGAAAUUUGAGGUUAGUAGUGUGAAAAAUAUCAGUGUUCCAGAAAUAUGAACUACUCUUAAACUGGACUCGAAGUAUUGCCUAUUCCCAUGCACGUGACCUCUCAUAAGAAACCUGCUCCCAUGUAUCUGCCAAUGUUGCACUUAACCAGCCAUUAGAAAAUAGAAGUUCAGGUAACUGAAUCUGCCAGAUUCCUUGCCCAUAUUUUUUUUUUUAAAAAAAGCACCUUGUAAUAAUGGCACAACCUAUAUUUGAAAUUAGCGUCCAAGGUACAAAUUGACAUUGCAUCACAGGCAUAGUGGAUUGAAACCCCAAUAUGCUGCUUUGAAUACACCAUCACACACACUUAAUGGAAGUAUCCUCAGUAAAAGUAUGAUCUAUAUCAGCCAAAGAAGAGCGUAUACUAGUAUUACAAAAAGGUAGAGCAUAAGAUCUAAUAAAUAGACACCAUGUUUGGACAGAUAACAUAGGUCAUUGGUCUUGAUUACAUCUGUUAAUUACAAAUAUACCUUUAAAUUUUUUGUCUAAACCGCUGUCCUUUUAGAUGUUAAAGGAAAUAUGAAGGGUUGUUUAUAUUUUUGUGACAGAAUAUACUUUCAAAUUGUUGAUGGAUUAAUUCCCUAAAUGCGGUUUCAUUAUAAAGACCAUACAAGACUAAUUAUUUAUAAAUUCUCAACCACGAUUGACUUCCUGAUUUAGAAGGGCUACAGUGUCCAAUUAUUUCAGAAAAAGAAUGCAGGACUGCAAUCCAGCCAUGUCAUGCCACAUUUUACCCAAUCAUGAAUCCAAACAGCAGCAGCCUGGUAUAAUUCCAGAUGCUAAUUGUUAGAACAUUACAGCGCCGUACAGGCCCUUUGGCUCACGAUGUUGUGCCAACAUUUUAUCCUGUCCAAGAUCUAACUCACCCUUCCCUCCCACAUAGCCCUCCAUUUUUCUAUCAUUCAUGUGGCUAUCUAAGAGUCUCUUAAAUGUCCCUAAUGUAUCUGCCUCCACACCUCUGCUAGCAGUGUAUUCCAUGCACCCACCACUCUGUAAAAACAAAACCUAUACCUUCCUCCGGUCACCUUAAAAUUAUGCCCCCUUGCGUUAGCCAUUUUUACCCUGGGCAAAAGUCUCUGACUGUCCACUCGAUCUAUCACCUUGUACACCUCUAUCAUUCUCCUCCUCUCCAAAGAGAAAAACCUUAAGCUUACUCAACCUCAUAAGACAUGCUCUCUAAUCCAGGCAGCACCCUGGUAAAUCUCCUCUGCACCCUCUCUAAAGCUUCCCCAUCCUUCCUAUAAUGAGGCAACCAGAACUGAACUGAAUACUCCAAGUGUGGUCUGACCAGAGUUUUAUAGAGCUGCAACAUUACCUCAUGUCUCUGGAACUUAAUACCCCGACUCUUGAAGACCAACAUACGAUAUACUUUGAUUAUUGUGGAUAUGUUAGCUUUUUCUGUUUAACCAUGCUGAAAUAAAAAUUUGCCAGUUUGAAAUCAGAUUGAGGAGUUGUAACUAUGAUUAAAAAAAAACAAUUUUCUGUAUGUUUAAGUGUAAACAUACUGAAAUAUGAUUCUGUACAUUGAUGACUUUGGGAAUAUUAUGGGGCUGGCUAAAACAAAAAAUACUAACCUAUGAUCCUUUAAGUUAAACUACAAAUAGCUUUGAUAAUCAAGCAGUUACCAAAGAGAAAACAAUGCAUUUUUAUCCCUUAAAGAGGUUUUAAGUGCAACUCCAUAAGAAUAUUAGACAUCCCUCAUAGCAAUUCUUUACAUAGCCAUACUUUGUUAGCAUCUCAAUUUAGUUUGAAAUUGGUAAAUUUCCAAAAUUGAAAACUUGUACAUUUUAGUACUAGAUAUUUGAUAUAGCCUUUGGAGGUCCAGAAAAAUUAAAUCUAUGUGUGUUUUCUAUAUCAAACCAUGAUGCCUUUUUCAGUACUGUUUGCACCCAUGUGAAAUUCCAUAUCAUGUUCAAAUACCAUAUGUUUUGCACAUUUGUAUAUAAGUGAUGCAUAUUUUUAUAUGUGUAGUACAUUUAUCAACAAGAGCUUUGUAAAUAUUAGCAGUGUUGUAGUUACUGAUGAUAUGUAUCAGCAAUUUUGCAUUACUGCUGUGUUUCAA